AUGUCCCAGGAAGAUUCUGCUGCUUCUAACAAGAUGUACAUCUCGUACAAUAACAUCCACAAGCUAUGUCAGCAAGUGGCCAAGACCAUCAUGGAAAGAGGUGAAAGACCAGAUGUCAUCAUUGCUAUUACUGGUGGUGGUAUGAUUCCAGCCAGAAUCAUCAGAUCCUUCUUGAAGUCGAAGGGUCAAAAAAACAUUCCAAUCCAAGCCAUUGGUUUGUCAUUGUAUGAGGACUUAGGCCUUGAUAACCAAAUCGAAACUAUUGGUAAAGAAGUUAUCAGAACCCAGUGGUUAGAUUUUGGUGCUUUGGACAAACAUUUUGAUUCUUUAAUUGGUAAGAGAAUCCUUAUUGUAGAUGAGGUGGAUGACACCAGAACAACUUUGCAUUAUGCUUUGACUGAAUUGCAAAAAGAAGUACGUGAACAACAAGUGAAGUUGAACAGACUAAAUGAGGACACUACAUUUUCUAUUUUCGUUCUUCACAACAAGGACAAGCCUAAGAAGGUCGAACUACCACAAGAUUUGUUUGACCACGGUAGAUACCUUGCAGCCGUUACUGUGCCUGACAAAUGGUUGUGCUACCCUUGGGAAGCCAUUGAUAUUGAAGAGCACACCCAACUUGCUAUUGAGCAAGGCAAUAACUAG